UUAGCGCGCUAGCAGCUAUCAGUAGCUCUGACCGGUGUGGAGUGGAGUGGAGUGGAGUGGACUAGCUCAGCCACCACUAACAGUGGGAAGAUGGCGCUUAAGCGAAUUCAGAAGGAGCUGACUGACUUAGCCCGUGAUCCCCCAGCACAAUGUUCAGCAGGUCCAGUUGGGGAUGAUGUAUUUCAUUGGCAGGCUACCAUCAUGGGCCCUAAUGAGAGUCCCUAUCAGGGUGGUGUUUUCUUCCUGACUAUACACUUUCCAACAGAUUACCCCUUUAAACCUCCAAAGGUUGCAUUUACCACACGAAUCUACCACCCAAAUAUAAACAGUAAUGGAAGUAUCUGUCUGGAUAUUCUCAGGUCCCAGUGGUCCCCAGCACUUACCAUUUCUAAAGUUCUCUUGUCCAUCUGCUCACUAUUAUGUGAUCCAAACCCAGACGAUCCUCUUGUACCAGAGAUUGCACGAAUCUACAAGACAGAUACGGAGAAGUACAAUAAAAUGGCAAGAGAAUGGACAGAGAAAUACGCCAUGUUGUAGGUGCUGGAUACAACAAAGUAGCACGGGAAUGGACACAGAAAUAUGCCAUGUGAUGUUGGCUGGACACAUUAAUAAACUGUUGUUUAUGCUCUCAUAUUUGGUCACUGUCUUAAGACCAUUGUAUCCCUUCUGUCUCCUGCGGAGGAAUGGUCCACGGCUGUCUGCUCAAAUCAAGACUACAGCAAAACAUGCAGGAAUUUGUUUUUUUCAGCUACAAUGUGGAAUUCACCCAGCCAAUGGAAUGUCUCCUCUGCCUCUUCUGCCUUGUGGUCCUCGUGUCAGACAUUUAUUCUGACCUCUCAACCGAUACCUGCUCAGGCAGAAGGAUUUUGACUGUAGGCUGUAUAAUAUAAUCACUGGUAGCAUAGCACUGGCAUCACCAGACACCUUCUUCUGUUUUGCUAGUUUGUACAGAUCUGCAAUUAUUAGAUUCAUUUCCAUAGCUAUAACGAUAAAACGCAACUUGCUUAACCCCAGCUAGCUUAAAUGUUCUGCUAAUUUUAUUUUCCCCUCAAUAAAGUUUCACAUCAUUA